AUGUCACAUAGCAAAAGAAACACCACCCGCCCCGUCUUCACCUCGUACGAAAGAGAGCAGGCCAAAUCGAACUGGACCGCAACCUCCGCCCAGCUCAAUCGAGAUUCAUUCCUGCCCUUUGGCUACUGCGGCCUCUGCCUCGAAAACGCCCGAGAACCGGUCUCGUGUCCGCGAGGGGACAUUUUCUGUCGCGAAUGCGCCCUGGCGAAUCUCCUGGCGCAGAAGAAGGAGCUCAAGCGGGGAGAAAAGGCACGGCAAAACGCUGAGAAGGAGGCUGCCAGGAUCCAGGCUAUUGGUGAUGAGGAAGAGCGGGAGCGGGCGAUUCGCGACUUUGAGAUGACGCAAGCUGGGUUGACGAAUAGUGCUCUCAAGAAAAAUUCAAUUGCUUCAACAACAGCUACAACGACAGCUACGGCUACGGCUACAGCUGCGGCUGAAGAUGGAAACGAAGGCGCGGUUGUUCGCGCCGGGUCCAAGAGGAAAUUUGCCCUUGACGCAGAUGAGCUUGGCCGGAUAGCAGAAGACGACAAGGCGAGGGCGAGAAGAGCCAUUGAAGAUGAAAAGGCCGCCAAGCCUACACUUCCUUCGUUCUGGACACCCUCACUCACACCAGACGUGCGAAACAGCGACCUCCCGCCAGUCACAAAAAAGGCCAAAACAACGCCCACAUGCCCGGCCUCUUCAGAGCACCAACCCCAUUCUCUAUCUCUACAAAAACUGUUGACGAUACGGUUUAACGAAACAACAGACGACUCCACAAAAGAGACUCACAGAACCUGUCCUUCAUGCCUCAAGACCCUCUCCAAUGCCCUGAACCCCGUCAUGGCCGAGAAAUGCGGCCACGUCCUGUGUCUUAACUGCGUCAAGAAGUUUCUCCUUCCAUCAGGGAAGCAGCAGGCUAAAGAGGAGGAUGAGGCCCCCGUUGCCUGCUUUGUCUGCAGCACACCCGUCGCCGUCACGACCAAGCACGGCAAAUCCUCGAGCUCAAAGGAUGCUCUACCGACGGGGUUGGUCAAACUGAAGUCGGAGGGAACAGGCUUCUCUGCUCGUGGAUCGCGAACUGUAGAAAAAUCAAGUGUUGCUUUCCAAUGCUGAACACCAUGACCGAUAAUCCGAGAUACAGUUAAUUUCUGGCUUGGAUUAAUUAUCCAGAGAAGCAAUUGCUGAAGAUGCACUGAAUUGCCCCCUGGCUCUAUUUAUCGGGCCGAGCGAGCUUCUAUAAGCAGUAGAGGUUGUAUCCUAGCUGGCAUCAGUCCAGCGGAUAUCGACAACUUCUCAUCAAGACAAUAUUUCGGUAAAGUCUCCUCAGAGAGGCCGAGAGAUGCCAGUGCACUUCGCCGCCUAGGUCCUGCGUCUAUUUACACUACCAUAUGCCUGAUAAGGCUUUGAUUAUGGCUUAAAACCACUGACUUGAAAGUCUUGGAUGUCUUUAUUUGCUACUUACAAUGCCUUUUGCUUGCGUUUUCGUAGCUCCAUUCACGUCGUAUACAUUAAGCAUAUCAUCUAAUGUCACCUAAUCAGCGAAGGGAACCGAAUAGACCGUUUGCAAGGAUAAUUCUUAUUUCUGGCUACAAUCUAUGUACUACCGAUGUUGUUCAUCGAGAUUGCCUCUCGCAGCUCUUAUGGCCACAAGCGAGGAACAAUAAUAAGUAGAUAAGGCCAGGAUGCCCGAUUUGGAUGUAGUUGGUGAAUCACUGCCUACAUGAAUUGAAGGAUUAUAAUACCUUGUUUCUAAAUACAAUCAUCAAAUAUGCUGGGCAUCUUCAUGAAUUGAAGCUACUGGUUGCUACCGAAUAACAUUCACCAUGUUUAAUACGGCUUCAAAAUGUGGAAAUGUAUUUAUCAAGAGUGUAGUGUAUUCAGUCUAACACUAUGCCGAGAGUACCGCAAAUAUCGGGUCCUUCUCUUCUGGUAUAUCAUGUGCAUCAGCCCAAUGGCAAAGUAAAAAAAAAAAAGAGCAACCGUCUAUCCAAAGGGUUGGUGUAUGCAGUAAAAGGUCCGUAAAACAAAAGACCGUGCCAUAUAGGAGGCUUGAGCUAUGUUUCAAUGAUUGCGUCGGGGCAACAGAUAGCAAGAAGGGAAGAAAAAAGGAAAUCGAAAAAGAAGAACCCGGGAUUGUCGUUACAGUCAUAAAAAAAAAAGCCUAUUUCCUAGCCCAAAAACCAUUCCCUGAAAUGGUAUGUUACCCAAAAGGAGAGAGAG